AUGCUCAAGCAGAUGACGCGCUACUUGGGACAACGUGAGGCGCAGCGGUUUGAUGAGCAACUGAUGAGCAGUAGACACGGCUUCUCCAUUGACCAACUCAUGGAGUUAGCAGGGCUCAGUGUGGCUGAAGCAGUCGGGAAAGAGUUCCCCAGUAAUGUAACAAGCGAUGGAGGAUGGAAACGCUUGCUGGUUGUUGCUGGGCCGGGGAACAACGGAGGUGAUGCGCUGGUUGCAGCUCGUCAUUUAGUGCAUUUUGGCUACACACCGAGCAUUUUGUACCCGAAGCGCAGCGAAAAUCCGUUAUUCCAGGGACUAGUCACUCAAUGUGAGCAAUUGAAGAUUCCGUUCAUUGAAGACAUUCAGGACGCUUCGAGUGUGGACGCGGCGUACGACUUGAUCUUGGAUGGGAUUUUCGGCUUCAGCUUUUCUGGAAGUAUCCGUCCGCCGUUUGACCACAUUGUCGGGACGCUGCAAAAAUGCGAAACACCAAUUGUCUCGAUCGACAUUCCGUCAGGGUGGCAUGUUGAGAAUGGAAACGAAAGUGGAAACGGCUUGGAGCCACAGAUGCUGAUAUCCCUGACAGCGCCGAAGGUCUGCGCAAAGUACUUUACAGGGACUGACAAAUCUCACUACGUUGGCGGGCGAUUUGUGCCAAUGUCGUUGGCGGAAGAGUUUAAUCUGGAGCUGCCCGAAUAUUCCGGUGUAGCACAGUGCAUGAAGUUACCGAUUCCAUAUUGA